GGCCGCCUCCAUUGGGGCGGGUCGGUUCGCAGUGCGCGUGCGGCCCGGGCGGAGGAGGGUAGGGGGAGCGUGGUGGGGGGGGAGGCGAUAAGUGCGCGUGCGCACUGCGGGCUGGGUUGCAGCAGGCAGCAGCGGCGGCGGUUGAGCUCGCGGGCGGUUUCCAUAACAUCUGAUCCACCAUGGCUGAUGACCUCGACUUUGAGACCGGCGAUGCCGGGGCCUCCGCCACCUUCCCCAUGCAGUGCUCCGCUCUCCGCAAGAACGGCUUUGUGGUGCUCAAAGGACGUCCCUGCAAGAUUGUGGAGAUGUCUACCUCCAAGACCGGCAAACACGGUCAUGCCAAAGUGCAUCUUGUUGGCAUAGACAUCUUCACUGGGAAGAAAUAUGAAGAUAUCUGCCCUUCCACCCACAACAUGGAUGUGCCCAAUAUUAAGAGAAAUGACUUCCAGCUGAUUGGGAUCCAGGAUGGAUACCUCUCCCUGCUCCAGGACAGCGGGGAAGUCCGGGAGGAUCUGCGUCUUCCUGAGGGAGAUCUGGGCAAGGAGAUUGAACAGAAAUAUGACUGUGGCGAAGAGAUCCUGAUCACCGUGCUGUCUGCAAUGACUGAGGAAGCUGCUGUUGCGAUCAAGGCCAUGGCUAAAUAAAGGAACCACAGGGCAGCAGCAGCAGCAGCGCCAACUUGUUCUGAACCAGAGAGGAUCGCAACCCGCAGACUGUCAGAUUUGGCUCCAAAACCACCCAAAUCUUUUUUUUUCUCUUCCCUUCCUUUAAAAAAAAGAAGCAGAAAUCCUCCCACCCCACCCUUUUGAAUUAAACAAAAGAAAACAAA